AUGCAUAUCUGUGUAUAUCAUUGUGAUGAGUGUGUCAUAUUGAUUUCCCUCCCAGCUAAUGCUGCUGCCAUAGUAGGUGGUAUUGUUGGAGGUAUACUACUGGUAGUGUGUUUAACAGCUAUUGUGGUGAUUGUCCUGUUCUCACUGGGGCGACACAAAUCAGAUGAGUUUAGAGAAGAUGUGGUGGAGAUGUCGGGACUUCAGGGAGACUACAGUGAGCUGAGGCAUGACGGCCCAAGGAAUGCAAAGAAAGCCCAUCCUCCUCCUCCUGACUCUGAGGGUUACAGCAGAGUUAAUCGUAGCCCGGAUGCUGGGGCACUGACUUACGAUGAGGUGGUCCUCAACUCAGACAAUAAGAUAGGAGUCAACGCGGAAGGCUACAGUACAAUGAACACUGGACAGACUCAGAGACUACCCGGCUAUGGCCAGCUCGGCAAUGUGACACCUCAGGCUACAGUGGAGCCAGUGGUCUAUGCUGCCCUUAGGUCCAGCCAGCCCCACAAGACAGGCAAAAACACAACUGCCACAGUGGACCAGCACCAGGUUACCUACGCCACUGUGGAUGUUGCUGCCACCAGCAGGAAACAGGCUAAAGCAGCCACCCUCCCCACCAGCCCAACAGCCUCAGCCCCAGCCCUGCCUGAUGUGGACAAGCUCUUGGACAUUGACCAGGCCUUGGUGCAGAUCAGGUCAAUGGACCACAAAUGGAGGGAGCUAGCAGAGACUAUGAGGCUGCCUGAAACAAUGAUUGAGCAGAUCGAGGAUUCAUGUGGCAACAAUCACGCUGGCUGUCUAACGGAGGUGAUCGACCAGUGGAUGAGGAGUUGCUCCGGGCGACCAACCUGGAGGGAGCUGGCUGGUCAUCUUAGUAAGAUCGGAGAGGAGCAACUGGCAAAGGAUUUCAUGAAUAUCUACGAUACUGGUCGCCUCCCAGUGGAGUUGAACAUGAAGGCAGUACCAAGUACCGUGUACAAGUACGACCGAGCCCCUUCCCCUCCCCUCCCCUCUCGAUCACCCACAACGACAGAUGACGGCCCCGGAUUACCAAAGGCACUGCCUCCCUCACGUCCUCCUAAACCAACUAUUGAGAUAGUUCCAGCCCGUCCUCCUAAACCAGCCCCUAACAACGAACCCCCGGCACCUCCACUCCCUUCUAAGCACUACACCAAGCACUAGGUGUGUGGUACGGAAUUAAAACUAUUUUUAGUACAAGAAUAAACUCUCAAUACAUGAAAUCAUUUUUGUUAGUUUACCCCGGAUUUUAGCCACAAUCAUUUAAUUGUCAGCUUACAUGUUUAACAUGUCAGGAAAGUUUUAUUCAAGAUAGGUUGUUUCCUCUCAAUUCACUUUUUACCCGAGAAUUUUUUGAUAACG